UUACAAUCACACCAUGAAUGCUAAUCAUUCUCAGUUCUCUUUGCAUUCCUGCUCCUGAAUUCUUUGCCUCCUCAUAACUCUCCGACACUGUGUUCCAUGAUUUCUGCACCAUAAGAAGAACAAGUGGGCAGUACUUACCAUACUUUGGAUCUCACACAAAGCACUAAGCAGCAGGGUCAGACCUCGACUCUUCGACUCUGUAUCUUUGACCACCUUCUUUUUCCUCCAUAACAAUACCUUUCCUUAGAGCCCAAAAGAGGAUGCAGUGAUUUCGAAGCUUUUGCAGACACCAUCCAUUGCUGCUGAUAUAAUAGCAUUACUGCUGCAGAGAAUGCCCUCUUCUUUAUUGGUGGCGUAAACAUCCAAAAGCCUCGUUCUUAACACCCUUAAAUGGUGUUUAUAUUAGAGAGAUGAUGGCAAAAGUGAGAGUAGUCAUCAUUGGGUUCCUCGCAGCAUGAUUCAAAAUGUAGAGGCAAAGGUGAUUCAAACCGGUUAAAGACAUGGCCUCCUGCACAGACCAUAUGGUGGUGGAAAAGAUGAGCAGGCUGUGUCUUCUCCUCCUCGCAUUCUCUUGCGUCGUAGCUGCGGCGGCCUUCUCAUGGCAGCGCCAUCACCCACACCGACCUGACCGUUUGGCGGCCUCCUCGGAGCUGGUGGACGUCGCAUACCACAUGGGUCCUGUCCUCGCCUCCCCCGCCAACAUCUACACCAUAUGGUAUGGCCACUGGGAGGCGGCUCCGCAAGGCAUCAUCAGGGACUUCCUGCUUUCCCUCUCCUCCCCUUCUCCUUCCCCUUCCAUCGCCGAGUGGUGGCGCACCGUCCGCCUCUACGCCGACCAGACCGGCUCCAACGUCACCGGCAGCUUCGUGCUGGCCGGCGAGGUGCACGACUCGGCCUACUCGCACGGGGCCACCCUGUCCCGCCUGGCUAUCCAGUCCAUUAUCCGGUCCGCCGUCGCCGCGCACCCGCAGCGGCUGCCGCUGGACCCGCACGGCGGGCUCUACCUGGUUCUGACCUCGCCCGACGUCCGGGUGGAGGACUUCUGCAGGGAGGUGUGCGGCUUCCACUACUUCACCUUCCCGGAGAUCGUCGGCGUGACGGUGCCGUACGCAUGGGUCGGGCACAGCGGCUCGCAGUGCCCGGGGAUGUGCGCGUACCCCUUCGCGCUGCCGGACUACAUGGGAGGGGCCAGCAACGCCAACGGCAGCGGCGGUGGCAUCCAGGUGUUGGGAGCGCCCAACGGGGACGUCGGGGCCGAUGGCAUGGUGAGUGUGAUAGCGCACGAGCUGGCGGAGAUGUCGAGCAACCCGCUGAUCAAUGCAUGGUAUGCGGGCAGUGACCCGGCGGCUCCAACGGAGAUCGCCGACCUCUGCAUCGGGGUUUAUGGAUCAGGAGGAGGAGGAGGGUACGUGGGGAGCGUGUUCAAGAGCUCGGAAGGGGAGAGCUACAAUUUGAAUGGCGUGAAGGGGAGGAGGUUUCUCGUGCAGUGGGUGUGGAAUCCUGUGAAGAAGAGUUGUUUUGGCCCAAAUGCCAUUGAUUGAAGUGAAGGGGAGGUGUAAUUUGGGUUGAGAGAAUGGCUUCAAUUCCUCUUUGAGGUACUCUGCUAAAAGAGUUCUUUCCUUUGA